CACCAGCAAAACGUGGAGGGUGAUGAUGAUGACCAGCUUGAUUAUAAUAACAUUAAUGGCACGGGAGGCAUUGGACUCGCUGGUGGAAGAGCAACUCGUGCUCGUUCUCCUAUGAACAAAAACAUGGCUCAAAGCGAGUUCCACAGGCAAUGACACAACAACUAGCUGAUGAGGACAAUGAUGAGGAUGACAUUUUAGUGACUGGCACGCCAAGUAUAGGGCUUGGUGGUGGAAGAGCAAUGCAGUCACGCUCUCCUAUGCACAAAAACAUGCCUCAAAGGCGAGCUCCAGUAGUGAUGACACAACAACCAGCUGAUGAGGAUGGACUUUUAGUCAGUGGCACAGCUAGCAUAGGUCUCGCUGGUGGAAGGGCAAUGCGGUCACAGUCUCCUGCAAACAAAAACAUAGCUCAAAGGCGAGCACCACAACAACCAUCUGAUGAGGACAAUGAUGAUGAUGACCUUUUAGUGAGUGGUACCUCAAGCAUAGGGCUCGCAGGUGGAAGGGCUAUGCAGUCACGCUCUCCUGCGACUAAAAACAUAACUCAGAAGCGGCUGCCACAAGUUACUACACGGAAAGCAUCUGAUAAGGGCGAUCAUGAGGAUGACCUUUUAGUUAGUGGCAGAGCAAGCAUUGGUAUUGCUCGUGGUAGGGCAAUGCAGUCACGCCCUUCUAUGGCCAAAACUAUGGCUCAAAGGCCUGUGCAACAAGUAGCACAGCAACCAGGUGAUGAGGACAAUGAUGUGGAUGACCUUGCAAAUAAUAAUAGUUCAGCGAGUGGCACAGCAACCAUUGGACUUGCUUGUGGAAAAGCAAUACGUUCAUCUUCUCCCUCAUCAGUUCAUAUCAAUCAGGAUCAACCACCAUCUACACGUUCCACACCAGGCAGUCAAACCUCUCUAUCUGUCAACAAUAUGGAGCAACCAUUAUCAUCUUAUUCAAGUGGCCAACCAUCUCACUCUAUCAGCUCUGUGGAGCAACCCAUGUCUCCUUAUUCCAUUUCAGGCGGACAACCAUCUCUGCAGGGUUCUGCAGAACAGCCAACUGCUGGCCGGUUAUGUCCAUUAACCAGAUCCAUAGAGCAACCUUUAUCUGCUCGUUCCACAGCAUCAGGUCGCCAACAUUUAGGAGUCAAGGCAGUUCCUGUGAUACCUCAUACAGUGCCUAUGCCACUGAAGCCAACCUCAUCUGUUAGUUCAACAGAGGCUUCAACUGAUAAUCGGAGAGAUAAACGGUAUAUUAUAGCUCUAAGCUGGUGUGAUUUCAGUUUGAAGGAUGAAGUUAUCAUCCAUAUCGUAAUCCCCUCCAACUUUUUUCUUUCGUCACCCUUAUUUUUUUUUGUUAGUUUUAUACAUAUAAUGUGAAUUUUCCCUUUUAACUUGGUCUUUGAAGUUUUAGAUAUAUUAGAAAGAGAAUGAGGAAAUCUGCCAUCAAAUGGAGCAACUUCUCUGAUUCGUGAUUUAGAAGCGAUUGAGUGUCAUAAAUUUAAACAACAUUAAGAACAUUCUUAUAUAACAUAGUCACAAGAUAAUAGAUAUAUAUGAGUAAUUCAGGUCCUUAUGUUUUCAUCUCUACAGUAAGAAAGGCUUUGUUGCUGCUCUUCCAGUAUUCAAGAAUGCAUAAUGCCCUCCCCUGGAAGUAUUUAAGCCCAUCACCGUCAUGCGUUUUUCUCAAUUAAUAAUGUUAGGGUCUCAAGAUCCUGGGAUCAUGUAAAAUGCCCAUUGCACUGGUUUAGGUUCUUUCUUUGUUUCAUCUAUAGUGCUCUAAAAUUUAUAGUGUAAGCAGAUUGUCUUCAGAUUUUGGGAGUAUGAGCAGUUUGAAAGAUAGGGGAAGACAGCAGUCUACUUCUGCUUUACAAGAUGAGGUACAGUCACGUUAAGCUAAAUAUGUGUUUCCUUCUAGCAUAUAUUAGUUGCAAUUUUAUUUUUUUCUUUUUUGUUUCUAAGGAAUUAUUUGAAAGCAGGUGUAUAGGUCAUCAUAUCUUCUUUUUCAAAAACCUAAUUAAUUUGUUCAAGUCUGAACACUUCAAUUUUCAGUCUAUGUGAUCAAACACAUGAAGAAGCUUAGGAAAAUGUUUAUUUUUAUCUUCCAGUAAUGUGGUGUGAAUUUCAUGGCAGCUUGAUAUGCUACAGGAUGAAAAUGAAAGUUUAAUUGAAAAGUUAUCUUCAAAUGAACGGGCAUAAUCUAUCUGAAUACUGGCAUUUGGAUAUAACUUUUGCAAC